UCUGGGAAGAGGCAACAGGGUUGGGUGCUGGGAGGCUUUUGCUCUGCAGUGGGACAGGAAACGGCAGGAAAACCCACAGGGUGUGCGGAGCAGAGCCGGUAGCUGUGCGGUGCAGGGAGACCCUGAGACCAUGACCAAGCUGGUGGAAUGUGUCCCCAACUUCUCAGAGGGGAAUAACAAGGAGGGAACAGGCUUCACAGAGGCAAAUCUCUUUUGAAGCUGGCAGGGGACAGUAUCGUCAGGAACAGCAAUUUGUGAUGGUGGUCUUUGACAUGCAGCAGCAACCAGGCACCUCUCCCCGACCAUGGUGAUCGAUGCACUAGGGCAGGCCAUCUCACAGACGCCGGGCUGUGUGCUGCUGGAUGUGGAUGCUGGCACCUCCACCAACCGCACUGUCUACACCUUCGUGGGGUCCCCUGAGGCUGUCAUCGAAGGGGCACUGAGCGCAGCCCGCAAGGCUGGGCAGCUCAUUGACAUGAGCCGGCACAUGGGUGAACACCCUCGCAUGGGUGCCCUGGACGUCUGCCCCUUCGUGCCAGUGAUGAAUGUCAGCAUGGAGGAGUGUGUCACCUGUGCCCAUGUCUUCGGGCAGCGCUUGGCAGCAGAGCUGGGGGUGCCUGUUUACCUGUAUGGAGAGGCAGCGCGGGAGGAGAGCAGGAAAGCCCUGCCCACCAUCCGUGCUGGGGAGUAUGAGGCGCUCCCUGAAAAGCUUGCAAAACCGGAGUGGGCUCCUGAUUUUGGGCCCCCAACCUUUGUCCCCCGGUGGGGGGCCACAGUGACAGGUGCCCGGACCUUCCUUAUUGCGUACAACAUCAACCUGCUGUGCACCAAGGAGCUGGCUCACCGCAUUGCCCUCAACCUCCGCGAGCAGGGUCGCGGCGCCAACCAGCCAGGGCGCUUGAAGAGGGUGCAGGGCAUCGGCUGGUAUUUGGAGGAAGAGAAUAUAGCCCAGGUUUCUGUGAACCUGCUGGACUUUGAGACCACGCCGCUCCAUGCCGUCUAUGAGGAGGUCUGCCGGGAUGCAGAGAUACUGAACCUUCCCGUGGUGGGGUCCCAGCUGGUGGGGCUUGUCCCCAAGAAGGCCAUGCUGGACACAGCUGAGUUUUACAUCAAGAAGGAAAAACUCUUCAUCCUGGAGGAAGAACAGAAGAUCAGACUGGUAGUCAGCCGGCUGGGCCUGGACUCUCUGUCUCCGUUUCACCCCCGGGAGCGCAUCAUCGAGUACCUGGUGCAGGCAGGAGAGGUGGAUGGGGGGCUGGUGGCCAAGCCACUGGGUGCCUUCGUGCGAGCAGUCGGAGGGAGGUCAGCAGCACCGGGAGGAGGCUCCGUGACUGCAGCCGCAGCUGCCCUGGGAGCAGCGCUGAGCUGCAUGGUGGGGCUGAUGAGCUACGGGAAGCGGCAGUUUGAGGAGCUGGACCCCAUCAUGAGGAAGCUGAUCCCCCCCUUCCACCAGGCCAUGGGCGAGCUGGUGGCAAUGGUUGAUUCUGACUCCCGUGCCUUCAGCAGCUACAUGGAAGCUAUGAAGCUGCCAAAAAGCACCCCUGAAGAGCGGGAGAGGGCUGUUCCCCCUCCCAGACGCAUGGCUGCCAUGCAACAGGGCCUGAAGACAGCCGUGAGGGUGCCUUGUGCCCUGGCAGAGAAGGUGAGCGGGCUCUGGCCUACUCUGAAGGAGCUGGCAUGCCACUGCAACCUGGCCUGCAAAUCUGACAUCCAGGUGGGAGCCAAAAUGCUGGAAGCAGCUGUGUUUGGAGCUUACUUCAAUGUCAUGAUCAACCUCAAAGACAUAACAGAUGAGAAGUUCAAGCUUGUGAUGUCGCAGAAGGUCUCCGGGAUGCUGGAGGAAGCAAAGCAAGGCUCGGCACUCGUGCUGGAACUGCUGGAGAAGCGGGCAGCCUGAGAGGGGCUUGGGGACAGGCUGGGGACUCUGCAGCAGCAAAUACAGCUGGGAAACACUCUCA